CGAUACGAGAAAAGGAUGUAUGAACUUGGCGCGGGCAAACAGUUUAAGAAGAUGGGUUCACUUGUCGCUCGAUCAAGUCCAUAUUACAUGGUGGCAAACCAGAGGUCCAUAUAAUGAUUACAUCAUUCAACGUGUGCUCAGGUGCUGUUAUGGUUGAACUUCCCCUUCUAUUAUUCGAUUUUAGAAUCCAAGACCCUGAACACAGAUCUGUUCUGGGUUGAUUGCUUCUUGCUAAGAACAAGUAAUCACAUCACUCGAUGAGGAUAGGCACGAGCUAUACAAAAGCAGCUCGCUCACGAAAACCAAACGUCAGAGGGUGGUGAUAGCUCCAAGCCAAAGAUACUCCUUCUCGAGAUGCAAGCAAAUAAAGAAGAAGAAGAAGAAGAUGCAGACGUUGGUAUCAAGAGAAGGAGAAAGAUGGAGGGAGGGGCAGAGAUUAAGUCCGUCAUUGAAGAGCUCUCUCUGAUGUUCAAGCUCAAACCAGUCGUGACCAGAGCUAGGAAUGGCGAAGAAAAAGACGAACCGCGUGAUGAGGCCUUCCAUGUACCAACAAGGGCUUUUCUUUCUCUCUGCAGCUUAGUCCUUGAAGUUCUUGAUAAGGUUGGUCCCACAAUGGCCGUUCUGAGAUUAGACGUCCAUCGAAAUGUUCAGCGAGUGGAGUUGUUCAAAGAAUCCGACCCAUCGAAGUAUUCAAAUUUGGCUGAGAUGAUAAAGAAAGAGGCAGGUGAAGGCAAUGCAAGAAAAAGUAACAGCUGCAGCAAAGCAAUAGUUUGGCUUACUAGAUCCAUGGACUUGAUGGUGGCAUUAUUACAAAGGUUAGCUAAUGAUCCUGGACAGAAGAUGGAACAAGCAGUGGAGGAGUCCUACAAUGUCACCUUAAAGCCGUGGCAUGGAUGGAUUUCCUCAGCCGCCUUCAAAGUUGCCCUUCAACUGGUGCCCGAAACAAAAACAUUCAUCAACUUCCUCAAGACAAAAGAUGACAGCUAUGAAAACUUCAAAGAGGACACACAGACCUUUGUUUCGUUAAUCUCUCCUGUCCUGGAAGAGAUCCACUGUAUCCUGAAAGUUUAUGGCUUGGAUAGGUUGAAAUCUAUUUAAGGAGAUCGCACGAAGGACCUCCAGACUUGUACAGUUAUUACUAGUCAUGAAGUUUUGAACUUUCUUUUUUGUGUUUUUAAUUUUCCCCUCCUGGCAUCAUCACCCUCUCUAGUAAUUACAUGCCAUUAGCUUCUUGAGCAGAGUUGGCUUGGGCUCUGAAAGAGCUGAACUUGUGAAAGGUACAAGAAACUUUGUGUACAGUCCUGUGUUACUUCAAAAGUUACAGAUAUACAGAGAGUGCAUUUUCCGUCAA